AUGAGCGCAAAAGAAAAGCCUUCAUCAGCCGCACAGGAUGGCACCGAUCAACAACAACAGCAUCAUCAACAGCAAAAUGACGAGUCGUCGACCAUCAAUACAACAUCAUCAAAUCUAUGUAAACCUGUUGGAUUUACGGACGACGGAAAACCAAUCUAUGAUAGAACAGGCAUUGAGAUGCACCCAAAGAAGCCGCACACGUCGGCAAAGGAUAACCGGCAGUUGUGUGCGUAUGGAGGUACUGUAUGUACACAAAAGCCGAUGAAAGGAUUUGAUUUUUGUGUGAAACAUAUCCUUCAAGAUCCGACAGCUCCGUUCAAGAAGUGUGAGUUUUCAUCAACAAAACAAUGCGGAAAUCCAGUCAAAAUCGACCAGGAUGAUGCCAGAUAUUGUGUUGCUCACAAAACAAAGCUAGGAUUAAUUGAAAAGGGUCAAUCUGGAUACUCAAAAAAGAAUAAGAAACAAUCGGAGGAAGGAGCUUCUGGAGAAAACGAGCCAAAACCAAAGAAGGGAAGAAAAAAGGCCUCUAAAUCUGAAUCUAAUACCACAACUAAUUCGAAAGAGGCUGCUGCUUCCUCGUUAGGGCAGGCUCAAACCAGCAGCACUUCAGAGAAGCCAAUUUCAACGGUAGAACCUACAACAUCUUCAAUCCUACCUGCAUCAUCAUCAACCACGGCUCCUGUACUUUCUUCAGGUUCUGCCACUGUUGAAAACAUUUUACCAUAUCCAUAUGAAAACUUCAAUAAUGAUGAGGAUACUGAUUCAGAUGAAUACACGGGAGUCAAUCGUGUUUUUGAUCCAAGAAAAGAACCCAAACCCAAAAAAUCACCCCCUCACAAAAGAAAACGAAAGUUUAACAAGAAACAACCAUCUUCAGAUGAAUUGAGUGGUUCAGAUACAGAAUCUGAUGAGCCUACAGACGAGGAUGGAGGCACUGAAGAAUAUCCUGCACUUUCAUUUGGUAAAAAUUCUCAGCAUCUAUCAGAGAUGGAAUUUCUUCGAGUUCGAAAACAUCACAUUGAGACCUUAUUGAAAAUGUAUCAAAAAAGACACAGAAAAGUCAGAAACGAAUUAGAAAGAAAAUAUAAUGAAUUUCUAAUUCAAAGAGAGAUUGCUGCCAAUGCUAUUCUCGAACAAAAUCCAAAUAUUAACUCAGACAUCAAAAUUCGUCUCAAAAAAGUCAACUUCAAUGAUUAUUAUAAUCCUAAAAAUCAAGUGAACAGAAAUGAAGAAAGCAUAAUAGUCAUGCCAACCGUGAACUUUCCUCCCGAAAAUCAACAAAUUUAUCAUUGCGAGAAGGUCGAAAAAUAUCAGGAUGAAGAAAAGAAAGUGCCACUCUGUUGUCAUCCCCAAUGUUUCAAUAAGCGAUUACUAGGAGUUGAUUUUUGUUUGCAGCACAUUCUUUAUGACCACAAACAGCGAUUCUAUGUUCCAUCAUCAACAGGUAACACCCCUACGUAUGCUCUUAGUAGUGAAGUUAAUAUCAAAAUUCCAAAAGAUUCGACACUUGCGGAAAAGACCAUUGUUGUUUUGGAAAACGUUGAUCGUUUAUCAGCACCCACUACUUGGCAAGUCCCACCUGAACAAGAGCAGCGAAUUCAAAACUUGCUUCGAAAGUUGAAAGGCCAUUCUGCAUCAUCCACCUCACAACAAGCCCAAGAUACCACACCACUAUCAACAACAAUGAAUCAAGAUCAAACUACCACUAACACUGCAACGAUUCAACAGGAACAACAACAACCCCAACAACCAAUGGAGAUGAUUUAA